AUGGAUCCCCCUCCCCGACGUGAAUUUACUAUUGAGGAGUUGCUGGACGAUUUGGAACACGGUAAGACACGCGUGCACGAAUGUGACGCGACUAUCAGGUAUCAAUUGCUGAAUCUCAGACCAGCUGCAAAGAUACCCGCCAAACAGCGAAAUCUUCGAAUAUCGACCACCGUAGACAGAAUUUCCACUCGUGCUUACGAAGAUGGACUGUCUAAGAGCUCUCUGGACCGGCUGAUCGACAUUAUCACGUUGCCAAAUGAGUUGGACCAAGCAAGUGUCAACAACCUCAUCAAGAAUCUUUACCCAGCGGAUCAAGUACUCAACUCAUUGGUAACAAAGGUGAUUGGAAGUCUUGGUCAUGGAAAAUCGAAGCCUUCCUACAGUUCGCAAACGGCGCUCCUGAAAUGGCUAGUCAUGAUCUACAACGUUCUUGAAAGCUCGAAAAUUAUUUCUCAACUAUAUCCUGUUUUAUUUAAUUUGCUCGACACAUCUACAAUUCGAAUGGAAUUAAUCCGACAGGUCGGAAAUGAGCCGCCAUUGGUUGGGCUCCUGCGAGUAUUUAAGGAUUAUUACCCGGAUAUCAUCGUUGGUGACGCCGUAUCCGGAAGAGCCUCAGUCUUCACACAUCCAAAUAAAGAAUGGGGAGAGCGGCUUGCUGAUAUACAAGCUAUUUCUUUUCACCAAAACCAAGAAGGGCUACCAGCGGAAAUACCAUUUCGGGUCAGCCGAAGUCGUACAACUGGCUCGCACCAAAAUAACAAAUCUUUGAUACCAGAAGUCCACACAUUUAGCGCUAAUGAGUCUUCUAUCACGCUGGAGGAAAUUGAAGACGUUCACGACUUUGUUCAGAAACUGGAGAGAAUCGACCCACCUAAUCAGCUCGUGGCAGUCUUGGGUGAUCCUUUACUGCAAAGGCUUCUCCAGCUUCGAUCCUCUGAUGAACAUGAGAGGCGCAUCAACAAUUGGCUGUAUGCUUUUUUCGAAGACCAAUUGCACCACCCCAAUCCGUCGGAAGCCAAAAUAUUAGAAAUGCUCGAAGCCAUUCAUAAACAUACAAAGUCUACAAAAGUACUGCCAGAAGCCUGUUUAAGAUAUCUUCAAUCAAUGCUCCCAGAGUGGAAUGGGUCGUUUGGCCAAGAGACCAUUCUCGGUCUCUUAUCAUUCUUGCCAGUCAAGUCAUUUGAAGACCUCUACUCGGAAGUUCUUAUGCCGUUAGAAGAAGCUCUUCUUGACUCCAACACAAAUCAUUGCAAAUUAACUCUAAUGGGCUAUUACACAAAUCUUCUUAAUCGUUGGACAGUAUCUAUGCUCACGACAGCCCAUCCAGCUGAAGCAACGGCAGCAGUAGCCGGUCUUGUAUCGCACGCCAACUCUUUAGCGACAGUCAUUAUUCAAGGUCUUCCUGAUGUUGCGACUGUUUCUAGCGUACUGGGCUUCUACGAAAGUAUCGGAACACUGAUUUCUCAUCCCUCCAUUCUGCAAACCAUCCGCAUACCGAUCCCUCCCACUCAACUUGUCUACAUCUUUCACUUCACAAAUUCGCUGGACACACUCGAUCGGCUCUGUGGACUCCUCUCAGUUUACAAGUCCGCCUUCGAAACAGGCCGGGCUUUCAACCCCGGACAAUAUUCUCAGGAUUACGUCAACCACUUCAAUGGCUUCCUCAUGGACGUCUGCAACUGCGUAUGGCGAGCUCAUGCUUUUAACACCAGUGAUCCGAAUGCGCUCGGUUGUCUUCUGGAUCCGAAUACGACUGUCCAGCUAGAUGAUUACGUGAGGGAUCUUGGGAUAUCAACUACUCUCUCCUCACUCUUCAGUCUGUCAUUCUCGCCUGUACUCUGUCUCUUUUCAAUUUCCUAUGUGAGGAAAUUGGAAGACGCGGCUGAGAACGAGAUCUUAGUAAGGCACCCCGGGCCGGUCACGCAGGCCUCACUGAAGCAACUGGAGAAGGAUAAUGGACUUCGCUUGAAUUGGCAGGAUUAUAGAUUAGGUGUCCUGAUGGAAUUGGAGCAGAAGGGCGUCAAAGGGACUGCUGAGCUGAUGUAUAACACGAUGAAAGCUUUGAAGACUGCGCGGGAAAACAGAGCUUAA